AUGGUGUAUAAAGGCAAUGUUAGUGUAACUGCCCACCAAUUCACUCUGGUCAAUGUUCUCGUGGUUAAUGUUACUCUGGUCAAUGUUACUGAGGUUAAUAUUAUUGUGGUCAAUGUUACUGUGGUUAAUGUUACUGUGGUUAAUGUUACUGUGGUUAAUGUUCCUGUGGUCAAUGUUACUGUGGUCAAUGUUACUGUGGUCAGUUUUACUGUGGUCAAUGUUCCGGUGGUCAAGGUUCCUGUGGUUAAGGUUACUGUGGUUAAGGUUACUGUGAUCAAUGUUCCUGUGGUCAAUGUUCUCGUGGUUAAUAUUCCUGUGGUCAAUGUUCCUUUGGUCAAUGUUACUGUGGUCAAGGUUGCUGUGGACAAUGUUACUGUGGUCAAUGUUACUGUGGUCAAGGUUACUGUGGACAAUGUUCCUGUGGUCAAGGUUCCCGUAGUCAAUGUUACUGUGGUCAGUUUUACUGUGGUCAAUGUUCCUUUGGUCAAUGUUACUGUGGUCAAGGUUGCUGUGGACAAUGUUACUGUGGUCAAUGUUACUGUGGUCAAGGUUACUGUGGUCAAGGUUACUGUGGACAAUGUUCCUGUGGUCAAGGUUCCCGUAGUCAAUGUUACUGUGGUCAAGGUUCCCGUAGUCAAUGUUCCCGUGGUCAAUGUUAUUGUGGUCAAUGUUACUGUGGUCAAUGUUACUGUGGUCAAUGAUCCCGUGGUCAAUGUUUCCGUGGUCAACAUUGCUGUGGUCAAGGGUCCCGUGGUCAAUGUUCCUGUGGUCAAUGUUCCCGUGGUCAAAGUUCCCGUGGUAAAUGUUACUGUGGACAAUGUUCCUGUGGUCAAUGUUCCUGUGGUCAAUAUUGCUGUGGUCAAGGGUCCCGUGGUCAAUGUUCCCGUGGUCAAGGUUCCCGUGGUCAAUGUUACUGUGGUCAAUGUUACUGUGGUCAAUGUUACUGUGGUCAAUGUUACUGUGGUCAAUGUUUCUGUGGUUAAUGUUACUGUGGUUAAUGUUACUGUGGUCAAUGUUACUGUGGUCAAUGUUACUGUGGUCAAUGUUUCUGUGGUCAAUGUUCCCGUGGUCAAAGUUCCUGUGGUCAAUGUUACUGUGGUCAAUGUUUCUGUGGUCAAUGUUCCCGUGGUCAAAGUUCCUGUGGAGGGAGGUUGCUGUGAGUGGCGGCUUUGA